CUUUGAUAGUUUUAGAACUUGUCCUCCCCUUAGUUCGCCUUUGCCUGGUCUGAUCGGGUCGACGACAGACUCUCCUGGUCUCACCUCUGCAAUCAGCACUGGCAACAGAAUACGUACAACUCGCGACAACCGGUAGAAGGGUAGCAGAAAGAGAUCACUGAACAGGAGACGGUCCUAUACUUAUCCCCUGCUACGAUGGCGUCUCUCGCAGGAGGUGUCACGAAUUGGUAUGCCUAUGAGCCGGUUACGGCCGCGGCCGUGGCCGCGACAGCCCUCUUCGCUUUGACCAUGAUCGCGCACGCCUUCCAGAUGGUCAGACACAAGGCCUGGAUCUGGAUCGUCAUGGUCGUCGCCGUUGCAAUGGAGUGCUUUGGUUAUGGUAUCAGGAUCGCAUCGUCCAAAGAUACAAGCAAGAAGCCGCCGUUCGUCGCGCAGUACGUCCUGAUUGUGCUGGCGCCAGUGUUGAUGACAGGAAUUAUCUAUGUCGUCUUCGGGCGGAUAGUCUUCCAUGUCGUCCCGGCGGAGCACAGAUCGACCAAGCUCCUCUGGGUCCCUCCCCGCUGGUGCACCCCGAUUUUCGUGGGCUUCGAUAUCGCCGCGCUUUUCCUCCAGCUGGUGGGUGCUGUUAUGAUCGCCGGCACCUCUAUCACAGAUCCGAACUACGUCCAGAAGGUGCACAGAGGCAAGGACAUCGCCUUGGCCGGCGUGUCGGUGCAGAUCCUGGCCUUUGGCCUGUUCUCCAUCAUCGCCGUGCGCUUCCACAUUAUCGCGAAGCGCUUCAAGGCCGACGUGCAGAAGAGGCUGCAGCCCAUUCCCGGCGAGAAAUACGUGACGGUCGAGGGCAUCGACGGCCGGAAGCUUAAGCCACACUGGGAAGUCCUGCUCUACGUCGUCAACAUCUCGUGCGCUCUCAUCAUGGUCCGAACCAUCUAUCGUGAGAUCGCUUUUGCCGAGGGUAGGGGCGGCUACCCCAGCAAGCGCGAGUGGGUGCAAUACGUCUUCGACACCAUUCCCAUGUUUUUCCUGACCGUCAUCUUCUGCUUCACCCCUCCUGGGCGGUACGUACAGAUGAGCUUCAAGCAGAAGAAGGGGCAGGCCCGCGUGGCCUCGUCCCACGGCUCUGAUAUCGAGGCCCAUGCCCUGCAGAGCGUGCCUAAAUAAGGCAGAGUGUGAAUGCCAGCAAGAGAGGUGUGGCAACGCAGACAGGCAGGCAUGAAGAACCUUGUCUUCGUGGCAGGAAGCUCACACCUGGUGCAUAUCCCCAGCAAAUUGGAGUGUGGGAAGUCUAGAAAUGUGGAAGUCACUCUUCCCAGGACGGCUACGUAAAUGUAGAGGUCGGGGUAUCCAGCUUGUACAGUAACUUUGAUUCUGGAACCAUCUGGUUGUUUAUAUAUUUCCCCCUUGGGUACAAAGUGGUUUUGCCAGAGUGGAUUAUUUCAAGGGCCUCGCGGAGUUUCUUCCCGCUCAGUCGUACCGGAUCAUUCUUGCUGUUGAUUUUUUCUUCUUCUUUGGGAAUUCAAAUACCACGAAAUCAGAUAUUAGAAGACAGAGAAAUCGCAGUGGCGCCUUGCUAUUGAUACCCACC